AUGCCCCCACCAACCGUCCCAGACAAUCCAUUCAUCAUCGUCGGCGCCGGAAUCUUUGGCCUCAGUCUUGCCUACGAACUCGCCGCCAACAGAAAGUACGCCAACGUCGUCGUCCUCGACCGCUACGCACCGCCAGUUCCCGACGGCAGCAGCGUCGACGUGUCCCGCAUCAUUCGCGCCGAUUACGCCGACUCCUUCUACGGAUCUCUAGCCGUGGACGCCAUGAAAGAAUGGCGAAACAACCCCGACUGGUCGUCGCACUUUUACCAUUCCGGGUUUCUAAUGCUGUCUUCCUGCCGCUCCCACCCGUACAUCAGCCAGUGCCGCUCCCAGCCAGUCGAGGUAUUCGAAGCCAGCGAAGCAGAAGCCAAGGUCGGGACUUUAUACCCCGGCGUCCAGGCGCAGUUAAACGGCAUGACGGUCGUUCACAACGUCCUGGGCGGAUGGGCCGAUGCGCGCGCGGCCGUGCAGGGCCUCGCCGAGCGGUGCAGCCAGGCGGGCGUUUCGUUCCUCACCGGAGCCGCAGGAACAGUGGCAUCACUCAUCAAAAACGGCUCGAGGGUGGUGGGCGUAGAGACCGUCACGGGCAACAGGCUGCUUGCUGAUACCGUGGUUCUCGCCACGGGCGCCUGGACGAACCUCGUCGUGCCCGACUUCAACCUCAGCCUGCUCGCCACCGGACAGCCGGUAGGAUUCAUCCAACUGACGCCCGAAGAGGCCGCCCGGCUCGGCAGCAUGCCCGUCAUGAUCAAUUUUGACACGGGCGUCUUCUGCUUCCCGCCCACGCCGGGCAGCCACAUGCUGAAACUUGCCCGGCACGGUUUCGGCUUCGCGACCCGUGUGCAGACGGCCGAGAAUAACGUCGUGUCGUCUCCCAACCUGGGGGGAGACAAUUCCGUCUCGGGCUACUUGCCGGAGGAUGCUGAGACGGCUCUCCGGGACGGUGUCAAGCUCUUCUUUCCGGAAUUUGCGCACCGGGCCUGGGCGAAACUUCGCAUGUGCUGGUACACGGAUACGCCGAGGGGGGACUUUGUUGUCGACUACCACCCUAGCAUCGAGGGCUUGUUCUUGGCGACGGGCGGUUCGGGGCACGCGUUUAAAUUUGCCCCGGUCCUCGGAAAGCACAUUGCCGACUGCCUGCAGGACAAGGCGCCUCUGGCAUUGCGCAAUAAAUGGAGGGCGAGGCUGCCAGACCGGAAUCUCACUGAAUAUCUUGAGGGUGAUGGAAGUCGAGGCGGACCUCCGAUGAGAGUAGUGACGCAGCAGGAGCAGGCAAGGCUAUAG